GAGCUUGCAGUCACUUUGCGAGGAGGAGCGCGCGGGCUGCGGGCGGCUGGGGCAUCCCGGGAGCGGCGGCGGUUCUAGCAGAGGCGGCCAGGGCAGCGGAAGGUUCUCUCUCCAGGGCUGGACUUAAUAACUUUGAAACUGUCCACCGGUGUCACGUCCUGAACAUGAGCCUCCUCCUCUGCUUCUACCUGCUCGGGUUGCUUGUCAGUAGCGGGCAAGCUCUUCUUCAAGUGACAAUUUCACUCAGCAAAGUAGAGCUUAGUGUGGGAGAAUCUAAAUUCUUCACAUGUACAGCAAUUGGUGAACCUGAGAGUAUAGACUGGUACAAUCCUCAAGGAGAGAAGAUAAUUUCAACACAGAGGGUAGUGGUGCAAAAGGAAGGUGUGAGAUCACGAUUAACCAUCUACAACGCAAAUAUAGAAGACGCAGGGAUCUAUCGCUGCCAAGCCACAGAUGCCAAAGGACAGACGCAGGAAGCGACGGUAGUCUUGGAAAUUUACCAAAAACUCACUUUCAGAGAAGUGGUAUCUCCACAAGAAUUCAAACAAGGAGAAGAUGCAGAAGUUGUCUGCCGAGUUAGCAGUUCCCCUGCACCUGCUGUCAGCUGGCUGUAUCAUAAUGAGGAAGUCACCGCUAUUUCCGACAAUCGGUUCGCUAUGUUAGCAAACAAUAAUCUGCAGAUUCUCAACAUCAAUAAAAGUGAUGAAGGCAUAUACAGGUGUGAAGGAAGAGUGGAAGCCAGGGGAGAAAUUGACUUUCGUGAUAUCAUUGUUAUCGUUAAUGUGCCGCCAGCAAUCACAAUGCCUCAGAAAUCCUUUAAUGCCACAGCAGAGCGAGGAGAAGAGAUGACAUUUUCCUGCAGGGCCUCGGGCUCCCCUGAACCCACCAUCUCCUGGUAUAGGAAUGGCAAGCUCAUUGAAGAAAAUGAGAAGUACAUAUUGAAAGGAAGCAAUACGGAACUCACGGUCAGGAACAUAGUCAAUAGCGAUGGAGGUCCUUACGUCUGCAAGGCCACCAAUAAGGCAGGGGAAGAUGAAAAGCAGGCCUUCCUCCAAGUCUUUGUACAGCCUCAUAUAAUACAGCUUAAAAAUGAAACUACAUAUGAGAAUGGUCAAGUCACACUUAUAUGUGACGCAGAAGGGGAGCCUCUUCCAGAAAUCACUUGGAAAAGAGCUGUGGAUGGCAUCACAUUUUCUGAAGGUGAUAAGAGCCCAGAUGGCCGUAUUGAAGUCAAAGGGCAGCAUGGAAGCUCAUCACUGCACAUUAGAGAUGUCAAGUUGUCGGAUUCAGGGAGAUACGACUGUGAAGCUGCAAGUAGAAUUGGAGGCCACCAAAAGAGCAUGUACCUUGACAUUGAAUAUGCUCCCAAGUUUAUAUCAAACCAAACAAUUUAUUACUCCUGGGAAGGAAAUCCUAUCAACAUAAGUUGUGAUGUGAAAUCAAAUCCACCAGCAUCAAUCCACUGGAGAAGAGAGAAAUUAGUCUUACCUGCUAAAAACACCACCAAUUUAAAGACAUAUAGUAUAGGAAAAAAGAUGAUAUUAGAGAUUGCACCAACAUCUGACAAUGACUUUGGACGAUAUAAUUGCACAGCCACUAACCGUAUAGGAACAAGAUUUCAGGAGUAUAUUCUUGCUUUGGCUGAUGUGCCGUCCAGUCCCUACGGAGUGAAGAUUAUAGAGCUGUCACAGACCACAGCCAAGGUUUCCUUCAACAAACCAGACUCCCAUGGAGGGGUGCCUAUUCAUCACUAUCAAGUGGACAUCAAGGAAGUGGCGUCUGAAAUCUGGAAAAUCGUGCGCUCCCACGGAGUCCAAACAAUGGUUGUUUUGAGCAACCUGGAACCAAAUACGACAUAUGAAAUCCGGGUUGCAGCUGUAAAUGGAAAGGGGCAAGGAGACUACAGUAAAGUAGAAAUUUUCCAAACACUGCCCGUCCGUGAACCCAGUCCUCCAUCCAUACAUGGACAGCCAAGCAGUGGGAAGAGCUUUAAGCUCAGCAUCACCAAACAGGAUGAUGGAGGGGCCCCUAUUUUGGAAUACAUAGUGAAAUACAGAAGUAAAGAUAAAGAAGAUCAAUGGCUGGAGAAAAAAGUGCAGGGCAAUAAAGAUCACAUCAUCUUGGAGCAUCUACAGUGGACAAUGGGAUAUGAAGUCCAGAUUACAGCUGCCAACAGAUUGGGAUAUUCUGAACCAACAGUUUAUGAGUUCAGCAUGCCACCAAAGCCCAACAUUAUUAAAGACACCCUUUUUAAUGGUCUUGGGCUGGGAGCAGUCAUCGGCCUGGGAGUUGCCGCACUGCUGCUAAUCCUUGUGGUAACAGACGUCAGCUGCUUCUUUACCCGGCAAUGCGGGUUAUUGAUGUGCAUCACCAGGAGAAUGUGCGGGAAGAAAAGUGGCUCCAGUGGCAAAAGCAAAGAGCUGGAAGAAGGAAAAGCUGCAUAUUUGAAAGAUGGAUCAAAAGAACCUAUAGUGGAGAUGAGAACAGAGGAUGAAAGAAUUACUAAUCAUGAAGAUGGCAGCCCAGUAAAUGAACCAAAUGAAACCACACCACUAACAGAACCUGAAAAAUUGCCUUUAAAAGAAGAAAAUGGGAAAGAAGUUCUAAAUCCAGAAACUAUAGAAAUUAAAGUUUCUAAUGAUAUCAUCCAAUCAAAAGAGGAUGACGGCAAGGCAUAACGAUAACCCUACAGUGGCUUGACAGUACUACAGAGAGCAUGUGGAUGGCAGUGACCCUGUGACCAAAACUAUUCCAUUGACCUUAAUUUCUUGGGAAACUUCUAGCUUGGAAUAGCUUGUACACAUAUACAUACAAUCAAAUACUCCUGCCCAUGGUCCAUUUCCUUUUGUUGUUGUUGUUGUCGUUGUUAAUUUUGUUAAAAAUUUCAGUAUAGAGACCUGACUGGCACCAACUCUUGGGUAUUUAAUUUGAUUCUAUGACUGAUGUACUGCAAUUUAUUAUAAGGGUAAAGUGCUCUAUUUCUUAAGAACUGUAUUUCUUAACACCAAUACAUAUAUUUCAGCUUCUCUAAUAAAUAGGAGUUUAAGAAAACAAAACAAAACAAAAGUUUUAUGAGCUACAUGUAUAAGAAAGCUUUGCAUGUGUAUGAACCUAUCUUGAGCAAAUAGAUUUCUAAAGUGGCUGUUAGCUUAAGAUGAAGGAACUUAACAAAGAUACUUCUAUCAGGGGAAUUUCAGGGAAUAUGGGCUUGAAGGAGCUAGUUGUCUUAAGUGGAUAUAAAAAAAAUGGAGAAAAAAUUUGGAGAACUCUUUUCAAGUUAUAAUUCAAUGAAUUUUUAACACUGAGUUUUGAUAGAGCAAGUGCCAGAUCAAAAUUGCUACCCGUUUUAAAGAAUAUACAUUGUGUGUAAAAUUAGAUUAGAGAAAUUCCCUAAAUCUCUCUCUCUCUUUAUAUAUAUUAUAUUCAUUCCUAAUGGAUUACACAAAAAAUAAAUGUAUUGCAAGUGAAAAUAAUAUUGAUUUCUGCCCGCAGCUUCAAAUAAAAUAAAUUGAAAUGGGAACAAU